UAGGAAAUAGUGCUGGACUUAAUUUUACUCUGAAUGAAUGAUGGACUGUCCUGCUGUAGCACCUGGGAUGUUUGUCACUUCUUUAAUGGUUUUUCUGUUCUUGCCAGUGCAAGCUAAUAAUGGACGAACUGAUCGGUUUCGUGUACAUUUGCCUACACGAAUAACAGCACUCAGCGGCUCUUGUGUGCAGAUACCUUGUACAUUUGAUGCACCAGAGGACGAACUGAAAAACACAAAAACUAUUUUUGGCUGUUGGAUAAAGAACCACCUUGCUUAUGACUUGACAAAGUGUUUGGUGGUUUUUGAUAAAAGUUCAAACAUCACAAGAGGAUUUAAUCAAAUAGAAAUGCUUGGAAAUCUUAGUCAGCAUGGAUGUACCUCUGUUUUCUAUAAUGUCAUGAACAAUCUUUCAGACAAUUUCUACUUUAGGGUGGAAAUGAAGAAUCCAGUGGAAUGGAAAUGGACAUAUGAAUACAGCCCCAUCUACAUUUCUGUCUUAGAUGUACCAGAGAUUCCCAUCCUUACACCCACUCAUCUGCAACCAGUGAUGGAGAAAACUACAGUCAAUCUGAGCUGUUCUGCUAAAGCCCCCUGCCCCAAACAACCUCCUACAAUAUCCUGGUCUAACGUCCCUGAAUCUGCAAACAUUACAACACAGUUACAGGAGAAACCUAAUAAAACCCAGUCAAUGUUUUCACAUGUGAUCUUUAAAGCUUCACACAUUGAUCACAGGAAGAACAUCUCCUGCACUGCUACAUAUCCAAGAAAUUCAUCUAAUGACUCAUCUGUGGAGACCACCGUGAUGCUACAAGUCCUGUUUUCUCCAAAAGAAACUCACAUCACCGUCAACCCAUCUAAUUCAGUCUCUGUUGGCACUAAUGUGACUUUGACCUGCAAAAGCAAAGCCAAUCCAAAUGAAAUUAACUACACUUGGUACAAACGGGGACAGGAGAAAGAGCUGUAUUUUGGAGAACAACUGACCUUUAAUGUAAACAAUGGAGGCUGGUACUGUUGCACAGCAACAAACAUACAUGGUAAUCAGACGUCAGAAGAGAUCCAGCUGAUUGUGGCUGAAUCACUGAUCAUCACAGAGUCAUUGAUCAUUGGUUGUGUAAUAGGAAUUUCAGCAUUUCUUUUGAUUGUUCUUCUGGUAACACAUUUUCUAAGAUUUCAAAAAGUAAAGGCAUCCAUUAUUAGGGAAACUGACAUCUCAGAUCAGUGUCAGGAAAAACAGGUCAGCUACAUUUAUGCUAAUAGUGCUUUUGUGAUGGAUGAAGACCUGGAGAUGCCAAAGGACGAGAAUGACAUUAUCCACUAUGGGGAGAUUGACUUCUCCACUGCCCAAACCAAAAGCAUCACAGAGAAGAUCUCAGGACAAGAGACGAUAUAUGCCAAGUGUCAAGAAAAACAGGUCAGCUCCAUUUAUGCUAACAGUGCUUUUGUGAUGGAUGGAGACCUGGAGAUGCCAAAGGAUGAGAAUGACAUUAUCCACUAUGGGGAGAUUGACUUCUCCACUGCCAGAACCAAAAGCAUCACAGAGAAGAUCUCAGGACAAGAGACGAUAUAUGCCAAGUGUCAAGAAAAACAGGUCAGCUCCAUUUAUGCUAACAGUGCUUUUGUGAUGGAUGGAGACCUGGAGAUGCCAAAGGAUGAGAAUGACAUUAUCCACUAUGGGGAGAUUGACUUCUCCACUGCCAGAACCAAAAGCAUCACAGAGAAGAUCUCAGGACAAGAGACGAUAUAUGCCAAGUGUCAGGAAAAACAGGUCAGCUCCAUUUUUGCUAAUAGUGCUUUUGUGAUGGAUGAAGAGCUGGAGAUGCCAAAGGAUGAGAAUGACAUUAUCCACUAUGGGGAGAUUGACUUCUCCACUGCCCAAACCAAAAGCAACACAGAGAAGAUCUCAGGACAAGAGACAAUAUAUGCCGAGGUCUGUGCUUCAGGGAAGAGUUAGUUUGCAUUAGAAUAAAUAAAUUAUGAGGAAAUGUAUAAAUGUAGUAUGU